CAGUGCAGUGUUUACGAGGAGCUAUGAAGGCAUCUCUUGGAGCAUGCGCACUGGCCAUAUCCGGACUUGUCACGUGUCAAAACAAACCUGCAAGUGUUCCUGCGCAAAGUUUGGUUUGUUUGUGCUCUGUUUAUUAGCUGACUUUAUAAAAUACUAUCCGAUAUUCAGAUACAUGCAACAGUUUUAGUAACUAAAGUUGCAAAAAUCGUGGAUGUUUACAGGAGUGUCACUCGUCCUCAGGAUCAAUGGCGGCCUGUGUAACAGAGUGGGUAACAACAUCUUGUUCCAACAUCAUUUUGUCUGCCACGGCAUUGUACUCUUCUUACAGACUCUUUAAGGAUCACAGGGCUCCUUCAGUAGGCCUCUUCCUGCUUGGACUCUCUGCAGCACUUUGCAUCCUGCUUCCCUCCAGCUCAUACCUCGCCUCCAUCCAGAGAGAAGCAGAGUGGGCCGGCGAGGUUUUGGCUCCAGCGCUGUUCGCCUUUGAGUUCCUUUGGCUCAGUGAAGACCACAACACGGCACACAUCCUCCUUUGUGGUUCCUGUCUGCUGCUGGGAUUGAGUGACUGGCUCUCAGCAGACGCUCUCACGCUUAUGACACACUGCCUCGGUUUGUCUUCCCUGUCCUGCUGCCUGACGGUGUGCCUGUUUGCCGGUAAUGCUUUAGGGGCCUUUGGCGGUGUGGCCCUCAGCCUCCCGUUGCUUGUGGCUCAGAGGGUCGGAACAAACACUUUUGCUCUGCUCAUUUCUCCGGCUGCAACUGAGGGUCUCACCAAGAGUCUGUUAAAGGGCUCCAUGUCUGUUGGCUGUUGGGCCUCCACACAGGCCCUCAGCAGGUUUCUGUUGGAUGUGACUGACCGAUGUAACAUAGGCCUUUAAUAAACCAGUAGAGAUAUUGGCUGUGGGACAGAGUGACGAAAUGGACCUAUGCAAAAAUGAAUGUGCCUAACUUAAAAGCAUUUCAGGACAUUUGUGAAGAAGAUUUGAGUUGUAUUAAUUGUAUUUCCGUUGCCAUUUGAACUCAUAGUGCAACAGAACUAUUUAAAUGAGCUAUCUGAAGAUUUCCCUUUUGGAAAUCACUGGCAUUGUUAACACUCUCUGAAUGCCUUGUAGAUGCCUUGAUUCAUUUGUGAAUCAAAAAAAAUUAUCAACAGAGUAAUCAAAAAACUAAUACGAUGAUAACUGCUUUUCAAACAGGAUCAUGCUUUGUGUUUUAAAGUCGUCUGCAUGGUAAUGAAAAGUCUUUACAACUGGUAGCCCACGGGGACAUUCUGCGUCACUGGGAUGCAGCAAUAACCUUUUUAGACAUAAUGAGAGCCCUGAUGACAUUAAUUAUGCAUUUCAAUUUCAACAUUAUGUGGGCAUUUUAAUUAGCUAUGUGAUCAUUUCCAAGGAUGUCUAGCAGGCGCUGCUCCCCUUUAGGCUAUCGACACCCUCCACAUCAUGUCUCUCUAGCAGUUUUAGUGUUGUAAAUUCCAAAAACAUCCAGCUGCCUCAGAGUACGGGUCCUAUUUGUUCUGCAGCCUCAGCGCUAUCGCUGUUUAUAUAUCUGCAGUGGUCUAAGCUCUGGGCUCUGCUCUUACCUCAUCCUCGUUUGAUACUUAUUAAGACACUUUUUUAUUACUUUCUUGGUUUUUAGGGGUGACAAUGUUAUAACAUAAAUGACCUCAUCCGUUUAACUCUUUGUCCACAGUGUUAUCCUUGCAAGAUAUUAAUAUUCUUUACAGAUAUGUGUAGGGUAUGUACACUGCAGAUUCUCUCACAGGAUUUCAGAGUUGUGAUUGGCUGCCUCAGCAGUUUUACUGCAGCGUAACAACAAGCAUCUGUGGCUGUGUUCCUGUCUGUGGGACGGACAGGGGACCAGGAACAUUUCAUCAUGUACUCCUUUGUAAGUUUGAGGUGCCAUGAUAAUGAUAAUCAUGCUGCCUGUGCUUUUUUUUUUUUUUUUUUUUUUUUUUUAAAUGAUUCAUCGAGUUCAUGUAUUUUUUGGCAAUGUGGAAGUAUUUAAAAGUUUAGAAAUGUCUCAUGUAAUUUUUAUUUAAUUGCUUUUGGUUGAUACAAAAUGUAAAUGUACACUCAAGGAAGAUUACAUCGACAUAACCUCUAAAUAUAUAUUAUAAUAAAUGAUGUAAAUGUUUAUCAAAAUAUCACUCCAGUAAUGUCAUUUUACAUUGCAUUUGAAAGUUCUCUUGGCUCAUGUUCAAGUGUCCAAUUGUUGUACCGUUUACAGUCCUUGCAAACAUCCCAAUAUUUGCAAGUGCAUUAUAUUGUAGUUUAUGAUUUGUAUGAGCAGCUGGCACAUCUCAUCCACCGCUGUCUCUGGCUGCUGGUAUCAGCGUCAACCCCCUCCUGGCUCAAUUAGUCUCCAUACCGACUCCGUCACCCCUCCACUGCAGCGGAUGAAGAGACUGCACUGAGCAUGCUCGCUGCAGAUGCAGCCUGUAGUGGAGAUGGAACAAAGUGGAGGGGAGGAGAAAGGGGAGGAGAGAGAACGGCAGAGAGGGAGUCACACACACACACAACGCUGGGAUGCUGUUGCAGCUCUGAGAACAAGGGCUGCAUGGGAAGAUUUGUCAUUGAAAACACAGAUGGAGUGUGAAGGGGGAAUACAAAUGACUUGGAGGUCAGAUUGUCAUCAUCAAAGAGGAACAGAUAUGUAAUAAGGGGGACUUGGAUGGUGUAGAGAUGUACGCCUUCUACUCCCUCUUAGUCUACAUCUUCUACACUGUCUUUAAGAAGGAGGAGGAGGAGGAUGAAGCUUUGGAGGGGGCACAGGGAUCUUCCUCAGAUCAGCCAAGACCUGUUUCCAUGGAAACAGGGACCAGGAGGAAAAAUGGCCGCACCUCCAAAAUGGGAAAAAAGGCUUGUGUUCGGCUUGGUGAAUCCAGCAGUAGCAGUGACAGCGAUGAAAUGUCUCUGAGUGACGAAGGUGAGGUACAAGGUCCGGACAUCCCAGCAUGCACUCCUCUGGCUGCUUUUCUGUCCUUUAAGCAGGAGGCUGAGAAGAGGAGGGCCUCGCAGGUUCAGCUGGAAACAGCAAAGUUGACGGAGUCUCCCCUGGUGGCGGUGAUGUCCCACUUGCUGAGUUUUCUGGAGCAGUACUCCCACUUCCAGCAGCUGCAGCAGCAGGCCGACCAGUACCGGGUCCAGCUGAAGAGGCACCGCGUCCAGCACCGCCGCCAGAUGAAGGCCCUGCGAGCGUCAUACCGCCAGCGCCUCAGGGACAAGAGCAGCAUCAUCAGCAGCCUGGAGGAGGCCUUCAGCCAGCAACAGACGCCCAGUCCGCUGAGUGAGGGCGAGUCCAGCAGCGAUGCAGGGACACAAGCUGGGGUUCACAGGCUGGUUGAGUCUCUGUACGGUCUGCAGGGUGAAAGGAGUAAGCUGAGAGGAGAACUCCGUCUGCUGCACUCACAGCUGGAGCUGAACGAAAAGGACAGACACUCGCGUAUACAGGCCUUUCAACAGCAGAUCGAUGAGCUCAAGAGUUGCAUAGAGGAGCGCGAGGAGGAGCUGUCUAGAUUGAGAACAGCCACCGGGGCAACAGACUCAGAGAAGCGGGUUCUGUGUCUGUCAGCAGAGAACGACAGUCUGAAGCAGAACCUGAGCGUAACCCAAGGCCUCCUGCAGCAGCUGUCAACCAUCCCCUCCCAGUCCAGCACCAUGCUCAUCAAGGAGAAUGAAAACCUCCGCAGCAGAGUGCAGCAGCUUGAGAUGUCCCUACAGCAGCGUGCUGAGCAGCUGUCACAACUGGAGCGACAGAGCGAACAAAGCGAGUGGAGGAGAGGAGAGGAGCUGAGGAAACGAGAGGACCGAGUGAGGGAGCUGCAGUUGGAGUUGGACAGAGAGAGAGGCAAGGAGCCAGUGGUGAAGUAUGUCACCCAGACUGUGGAGGUGGAAUCACCGACCACAUUAAAGCAGCUGACCAAAGCCAGACAGAAGAAUGAGCUGCUGUCCGAUAAGCUGUCCAAUCAGAAUGAGCGGUGCAAACAGCUGGAGGAACACAUCAGGAAGUCUGAUGAAUACAGCUGCAAUCUGCAGCACAAGAUCGCAGCGUAUGAGCGAGAAAUCAGUAAACUGAGAGAGGACCUGUUGAAAGAGAUUGGCCACUUGGAGGAGAAGAAGGAGGAGGCUGUGAAGGCUGCAGCCACCUGCUCAGCAGAACACUUUCAGAACCUGCAGGAGCAGUUUUUCAGCUUACAGAAGCGUCUGACUGCACUCCCUCCAACUUUACGCUCAAUGAAAACAGACUACACCAGUCUGCGGAGCCAGGUUCGAAACUUCUCAGACUUUUACGGAGCAGCCAUCAGUGACGCAAAAAAACAGAUUUCAGCAGCUAUUAGUGAAAUGUCUGAGGCCAACAAAGAUCUCCUGGAGAAAUAUAGGAAGGAGGUGGCACUGCGCAGGAAGUACCACGAGCAGCUGGUGGAGCUUAAGGGCAACAUCCGCGUGCUGUGUCGUGUGAAGCCUGUGCUGAAGGAGGACCAGCACGAGGAGGGCCAGUCUGUGGUGGUGAAGACGGACUCCAACAAUGAGUCCUCACUCAAUGUGCUGAACAAAGGAAAGAGUCGCAUUUUUGAACUGGACAAGGUCUUCCACCCACAGGCCACACAGGAAGAGGUCUUUCAGGAGAUUGAGCCUCUUGUGACGUCCUGCAUCGAUGGCUACCAGGUCUGCAUAUUUGCCUACGGACAAACUGGCUCUGGAAAAACCCACACAAUGGAGGGCAGUGUGGAGAAUCCAGGCAUCAACCAGCGAGCUCUGAAACAUCUCUUCAGUGAGAUUGAGGAGAGGAAGGACAUGUGGUCUUACACGGUCACUGUCAGCUCUGUGGAGAUCUACAACGAGGUGCUAAGAGACCUGCUGAGCAAGGAUGGAGAUAAACUGGACAUUAAGAUCAACCCGGAUGGAACAGGACAGCUGCAUGUGCCGGGCCUCAGGGUCAUUGAAGUUAAGAGCUUUCAGCACAUCAAGAAGAUUUUGGCGACAGCCCGAAGGAACAGGAUCACCUUCGGCACUCAGAUGAACCAGCAUAGCUCCCGCUCGCAUGCUCUGCUCUGCACCACCGUUCAGGGAACUGACCUCGCCACCGGCUCCAAAACCACCGGCAAGUUGAACCUGGUGGAUCUGGCUGGCUCGGAAAGGGUAUGGAAGUCCGGUGCCGAGGGAGAGAGGCUGAAAGAGGCCCAGAAUAUCAACCGCUCCCUUCUGUCACUGGGGGACGUCAUACAGGCACUGAGAGCUCGCCAGACUCAUAUCCCUUUCAGGAACUCCCGCCUUACCUACUUAUUACAAGACUCCUUGGGCAAAGGCAGCAAGACUGUCAUGGUGGUGCAGGUGUCUGCUCUGGAGAGUAAUGUGGGAGAGACAUUGUGCUCACUGAAGUUUGCCCAGAGGGUGUGCAAGGUGGAACUGGGUCCUGCAGCCAGGAAGAUAGAAUCUGGUGGAGGACAUUGCGACUGAUAGCCUUGAAUCAGCCACUUCCUGGUCCCAGUGAUCACCAUGGUAGCCAUGAAUGCACCCGUGAGAUUGUCACCCACCCGACCAACCAA